AGCCUUAUAUACAGACCCACAGGGUGCAUGCAGUUACUCACAAGACAGCCUGAGACCUUGAAGAAUGAAAAUGAAUAACUUCCUCCUCCUCAGGCAUCGAAGCACCUAGCAGUCUUAAAUAUAUUUAACAGGUCACCAAGGAGGAACUUUUACAUCAUGGAGAAUGUUACUGCUUUUACCUCUUUGCUGAUGACCUCUGCCACAUCUCUAAUUGAGAACUUCACGGACUUAUCCAACAUCAGCACUUCUGCAAUAGACAUUACAAGUGUCAGUGGUUUCCUAAGCCCGGCGCCCACUGAGGGCCCGAGUUCCACAGUUCAAGAGGCGACAUCCAUUGAGGCUACUACCUUUACCCCAAGUGAGGCUGUUUCGGCUGUCUCUGUGGAACCUAGUCAGCAUGUAGUACCAUUCUGGGAUUCGCCCCUUAGUCAUGGCAUUAAUGUGAUUGUGGGAUUCGUCCUCUGUUUCACUAUGUUGGGGCUUGGAUGCACAGUAGAGCUCAGUCAAAUCGGGGAGCACAUUCGGAGACCUAUUGGGGUCCUGCUGGCGCUCAUCUCCCAAUUUGUCAUCAUGCCGCUGGUCGCCUUUUUCAUGGCUCUCAUCUUUGCUCUGGAUGGGGUCGCUGCCGUAGCUGUCUUACUGUGUGGCUGCUGUCCCGGAGGGAACCUGUCCAACAUUAUGUCCGUCCUCGUCAAUGGAGAAAUGAACCUUAGCAUUAUUAUGACAACAUCUUCCACUGUGUUGGCUCUGCUCCUUAUGCCACUUUGUUUGUGGAUUUAUAGCCGACCUUGGAUUGACACCCCUUUGGUACAGCUGCUGCCCUUUGGAGCAGUAACUCUUACCCUGUGUAGCACUCUUAUCCCUAUAGGGCUUGGAGUCCUUAUCCGGUACAAGUACACCAGAGUAGCUGAUAUCAUUCUAAAGGUUUCGUUGUGGUCCUUAUUUGUAACCCUGGUGAUUCUUUUCAUUCUGACUGGAACUAUGUUGGGACCACAGCUGUUGGCUACAAUACCAGCCACUGUUUAUGUUGUGGCCGUCUUAAUGCCUUUGGCAGGUUAUGCUCUAGGCUAUGGCCUUGCCACUCUGUUUAAGCUACCACCAAACUGCAGAAGGACAGUCUCACUCGAAACAGGAUGCCAAAAUGUACAGCUGUGUACUGCUCUUCUCAAAUUAACCUUCCCACCUCAGCAUGUUAAUGGCAUGUACAUGUUCCCCUUACUCUAUGCCCUUUUUCAAGCUGCAGAAGCUGGACUUUAUAUUUUAAUUUACAGGAUCUACAGAAAAGAGGCAUUACAUAAAGUAGAACCUCCCCCAGAAGAUGAAGAUAGUGAUAUUUCCUACAAAAAGCUGAAAGAGGAAGAAGUAAUGGACACUGAUUAUGGAACAGUAAAUAUGAAUGAACCAAAUUAUUUUGCCAUGGAACCAACAAAGACAAGUUAGUUACAUAUUACAGAUAAGCAGAUCUCCUCAAGCAUUCUAGACCUAUAACAGGGCCAUUUGAUACAUUCCCUGAAUUAAUGUCAUUGGUGUGUUAUAGCAUAGGGUUUUAUUUAAAUUCACACCUGUUGCCACAAAUAAGAAACAGGAGCAAAAGCAAUCAUCAUCCUCCAGUGUUGCAGAUGUUAGAUAAUAAAUGUGAUGCAAUAUUAGAACCUAAGAGUAGUCCAAGCCAUUUCAGCCACAAGCUAGAACUCAUCAGCAUCUGAGCAGCACAAAAUCCUGAGUCAGUGAGUAAAUCUGUUUCAGGAAAAAUAUUGUUGCUUUACGACUAUAGUGAAAAUAUGAUUGCACUGUAGCUAUUACUGUGAGUUUGUAAUUAUAUACUGCUGUGAAUGUUUACCUUAUAAUGGCUCCUUCUUAAAGGAGUGUCACAGACACUCUGAACCCCAAAUCCUGUGAUGUUCUAUACCUGAUUGCUCAACAUUUAUACCUGACAGAAUUUGCAUCUGCUACUGCUUGCUCACAUGAGUUUCUAGAAGUUUUCCACAAAUGUUUAAAGACUGCAUUUACUAGGGGCAUAUCUCUCUGAAGAAAAGACAGGUAGUAUUGGUAGAGUUCUCUCUUUAAGUAAGAAUAUUAUGUUAAGAAAGCGAUGGUAAUAUUGUCAUAUUAACAAGUGGUCUGAGAAAGCUGCAGAUCUUGGCCCUUGUGUCUGAAGUAGGUCCUGCUGCUACCAACUGUCUCACUCAGACAUCUCAAAUGUCUAGUUUUUUUCAUUAUAAGAUUCCAAAUUAUAUAGUGAAUGGAAAGCCAAAGUAUAUCAUCCCAAAAUAAUCUUGGUCUCCCAAUUUGUAUAUGUGUAGUCCUGAUUCCAAACACUGUUCUGCCUCUCCCUGGCCACUACUGCACCCCCCCAGAUUGUGUACUGCAGUGUACUAUAAUCUGAUAGUAAAAUGUGACAUCAGCCAUGCUGUAACUCAACUGCCGCCACCACUGCCAUUGAGAGGCUGUGUGAUGUGUUCCACCUAAGCAAGCUGCUGCAUCAAUUCUGUAGUUUUCUCUGGGGGGGGGGGGGGGUAUUUCAGUAUGAUAAAUUUAUUUGUGGUGUGUUUAGUGGCUGCAGCUUUCCCUGCCACUUGUAUGAAGUAUCAGCUUGUCUGACACAAGGAACAGGGACAAUCUUAAGUGUAUGUAUGCAUAUGUCUUCAUCUGGUCACCUGGAUGGGUUCAGUGAAAGACAGAAAAGAAACAUUUAUGUUGAGUGAAGUCACCUGUGAUUACUUGAUUCAAACAUUGUACAGUUUUCCAACUAUGAAUUAACACUGAAUUCACUUAAUGGAGAAGUAUUGCUUGUAGUUAAGUAGGGAACUGUCUUUGGAGAAGGCAAUGGUAUUUAAUUUGCAGGCAACUUAAAAACUUAACAGUUAUCAUUUAGUAAUUUAAAAUGUCAGUAAUUACUAUUGACAGUGGAAGUGGCAUUUUGUGCAGUUCCCAUUUUAAGGCACUAUAUGUUGUACCUAUUGCAAAGUUAUGGUGUUACAACUUUGAGUUAGUGUAUGUAAGGAACAGCAUGAAAGAAUCCCAUUUAAUGGCAAUGUUUUGCCUGACAAAAAAGCUAUUAAACAAUAUGUAUCAUA